CAUUUAUGAUAGCAAUGGAAACCAUAAGUCAUAUAAAAGUAAAUCAAACCAAAGAGUAUCUAACAAAAGUCAAGGUAUGUGUAGAGAAAAGCAUGAAACAAUUUAAACAUCAUAAAUCCAUACUAGCCCUGGAAUCCAAGGAUACAAACUGACCCUGGAUUUGAAAGCUCAGAAAUAUGUCAGUUCUCUCUUGGCAGACCUCAGAGGGCCACGUGGGGUGCUGGGAAUGGAAGCUGGGUGGGCUGCACUCGAGGCAAGCACCUACCUGCUCUAAACUAAGCUCCAGCCCCUUAGUUUCUAUUUUUCAGUCUUCCGUGUGCUGCUAGGAUGGAGCCCAAGGCUUCACUGCCGGAAGGCAAGCAUUCUAUUUUUGAGCCAGGAACAGGGAGUUUGAGUGUUAGUUUUAGUUUCAGUUUACCUCUGAUUUCAUAGAUCCAAGUGUGAGAUCACGACCCUGUUUUCAUCAGGACUUUUGGAUCUGAGUUCACCAGCCGGAAGAAAUGUUUGCUGUUCCGUUCACACCGAGUUUCCUGCAAAGCGCCUCUCAACAGUUGAUUUCUUUGAUCUUGUUAGUAGUUGAGCCGGGUGGGGGCUGGGCUGGAGUGUGCUGUAAGUUAAGUUCCCCUUAACUCUGGUCCACACAGCGUAAGUCAAUCUUAAUCACAUCGCGGUGAGUGGAAGAAGGUAAAAGUGUAAGAUGUUUGGCUGUUUAUAAAAUCCAAAGGUUCCAGUCUCGGGCGUGAGGACCAUUCUUGCAGUGUGGCAAAGCACGCAAUAAUUGUGAAGGGCCGUAAAGAGGCUUCUCAAGGACUGGUAAUUUUGUCUGGGGGCCAUAUCCGGUGGUGUUUGGGGACCACUCCCUGCUCUGUGUUCAGGGCCAUUCCUCACCGUGCUCGGGGUGCCCGGGGACCAUGCUCUGCCACAGACUGAACCAGGGCCUUCUUCAUGGGAAGCAUGCGCUGGGCAUGUUGAGCUGUCAGGCAUCACUGGUUUAACACUUAAAGAUGAAAAAAACAGACCUUUGUUUACACUCUGAAGGGGCUGAAGUGAUUUUAGCUACGUCAAGUGAUGAAAAAUACCCACCUGAAAAUAUUAUCGAUGGGAACCCUCGAACAUUUUGGACCACGACGGGAAUGUUCCCCCAAGAGUUCAUUAUUUGUUUUCACAAACAUGUAAGGAUCGAAAAGCUUGUCAUCCAGACUUCCUUUGUACGGACCUUGAAGAUUGAAAAAAGCACAGCUAACGAGCCGGUUGGAUUCGAGCCGUGGGUUCAGAGAGAUCUAGUACACACGGAGGGACAGUUACAAACUGAAGAAAUUUUGGUCCGUGAUGGCCAUGCCACGUACUUGAGGUUCAUCAUCAUCUCUGGCUUUGACCACUUUGCAGCUGUGCACAGCGUUUCUGCAGAAGGAACAGCCAUCUCAAACAUCAGUUAGAACAAAAUGUCCUUGCAUGGUUUUUUUACAGUAUAUUUAUUGACGCACAAGGUUGUCAUUGAUUAAAGGCAUUUAUAUUCGUCUG